AUGUUCACAAGAGCCAGACACAGAGCGGCCUGCCGGUUGCUACCGUUCUCUGCAAGACGAUUCAUAGCCACAGUAUCUGGAUCCACGCCUUUAGAAACGAUCAUAGAGGACACCAUUAAAACCAUUGGACCCAUCAGCCUGUCAAAGUUCAUGAGGACAUGUCUAACGCACCCUGAACACGGCUAUUACAUACACAAAGACCCUUUAGAUAAAAAUAGCGGCGACUUCAUUACCGCGCCGGAGAUAUCUGUCGCGUAUGGGAUGACCUGCGGACUGGCCUUUGUGCGAAUGUUUCUGGCCCAAUUGCAAUACCAGAGUCGACACAAUCCUGAUUUCAAGGUCAAAGACAAGAUUUUCCGUGUAGUUGAAUUUGGCCCGGGCAAGGGCUCCAUGAUGAGGGGACUGGCCAUGGUUUUCAAGCAGUAUAUAAUAGACAACCCUGUGGAGAUUGUCAUGGUGGAGAAAUCUGAUAUUCUCAUCAGGGAGCAGCACAAACUGCUAUGCAAGUUUCAAAGGCUCGAACAGGUCGACGAUUACAACUUCGAAAGUAUAACAGAAUGGGGGCAGCCGAUCGCAUGGCAGAAAAACGACCUUGUUGAUAUGGAUCUGGACUCCAAGUACAUGAACUUUGUUGUUGCUCACGAAUUCUUCGACGCCCUGCCCAUCGACCGAUACAUCAAGACCCAACACGGAUGGCGAGAGUACUUGGUAGAUGUGCGGGAGCCAGAAGCAGACAGACGAGGGAAGUUUGGGCUUGUGGUAGCUCCCCAUGCCACGCCGGGCUCGUUCAUUCCGGCAACCGACGACCGCUACAAUAAAUUGGCCGUCGGGGCCAACGUGGAGAUCUCAGCGGAUGCCCACAUGUAUGCGUCGCAAUUUGCCAGAAUAAUCAACUCAGGUGACGUGGGUGGAGCAGUGAUCAUAGACUACGGCCCAAAGGAUACAAUCCCGAUUAAUUCGCUGCGAGGCAUCAAGGACCAUAAAUUUGUGGACCCGUUUUGGGAGCCUGGCAAAAUUGACCUCUCUGUGGACCCGUCUGUUUGA